GAAACUCUGGCGUCCCAAAGCUGUUUUAGGUGUGUCUGGGUGAGUGGCAGGCAGGGCUGGAAGCACAGGGGUCCAGCUGUGCAUAGGGUGAGGGGGCCCAGAGCCGGCGAGGAGCAGCCCCGAAGGGCUAAUUCCCCUGGGCUAAGGUCCCCAGACGCCGAUAGGAAAUUGGAAGUGACUAGCCCAGUCCGAGUUCAGCUGUUUACAGCUCCUGAGAGGAACUAAGCGGUUUUCCAGGAAACGAAAGCGAAAGAGGCAAAGUUAACAGCCCGGAGUUGGGGCAGGCUCAGCAGUCUGGCAGGCGGACGAGCGCAGCUGAAGAUGGCUGAGUCUGGCUCCUUCCCACUGCUGGUCGAGGGGUCUUGGGGCCCCUACCCCCCGAAGAACUUGAGCACCAAGUUGCAGAUGUACUUCCAGAGCUCAAAGAGAUCGGGCGGCGGGGAGUGUGAGGUCCGGCAGGACCCGGGGAGCCCGUCCCGCUUCCUGGUUCUCUUCCACCCGGAGGACGUUCGGCAGAGAGUUCUGGAGAGAAAGAAUCAUGAGUUAGUAUUGCCAGGAAAAGGAACUUUCAAGUUAACUCUCCAGUUGCCUACAGCCCCGGAUAAAGUCCAUGAUGUUGUAGAAGAGAAAACUUUGACUGAGGAAUCCAAGGUUAAAGAUGUCACAAAACCAGAUGUUUCCCUUCUGUAUACAGAAGUCUCCCUCAAUGAAGGAUCAGAAGAAAUGGAAGAUACACCAAAAGAAUGUGAAAAUAUUCCCGCUUUGGUGGCAUUUGAAAAUCUCAGGGCAAAUGUGACUGACACAAUGUUAAUCUUGUUGGUGGAGAACAUAAGUGGCCUGCCCAAUGAUGACUUUGAUGUGGAAGUAAUACCAGAUUUUGAUGUCGCCGUAGUUACCUUUAAAAAACAUAUAGAUAUUGUUAAAUUUGUUGAGGAAUGUGCCCAGCACCACUUAACUAAACAACUCCAGCUUUCUCCAAGACUUCUGGAAGUGACAAAAACAAUCUGUGUUGAAAACCUGCCUCCUGGUGCUGAUGAAUACAGUUUACAACUUUUCUUUGAAAAUCCUUUCCAUGGAGGGGGAAGAGUUGCCAGUGUUAAAUGUUUUCCCAAGGAGAGUUCAGCUCUGAUAGAAUUUUUUGACAGUAAAGUGUUAGACUCCAUUAUGGCCAAGAAACUUGACUUCAACAAGAUGCCACUUUCUGUGUUCCCAUACUAUGCCUCACUGGGCACAGCCUUGUAUGGAAAAGAGAAGCCUGUGAUCAAGCUUCCCGCACCGUUCGAAGAAUCCCUGGAUCUUCCCUUAUGGAAGUUCUUACAGAAAAAGAAUCAGCUGAUUGAUGAGAUAAAUGAGGAGAUGAGUCACUGCCACUGUGAGCUAACCUGGUCCCAACUCAGUGGUAAAGUAACCAUCAGACCAGCCGCCACCUUAGUCAACCAAAAUUUGAAAAUUUUUGCUUUUCUCUUUAAGACCGACGUUAUUGUCAACUCUGUUUCCUCGGAUCUUGCACUUGAUAGAGGGCCUCUUUCUAAUGCCCUCUUGGUCAAGGCUGGACCAGAGCUUCAGAAGGAAUUGGACGCAGCUGCACAAGGGAGAGCUGUCAGAGUGGGCACAGUUCUCCAAACCAGUGGCUGCAAUCUGCACUGCCGCCACGUGCUUCACGUCGUGGCUCCAGAGUGGAGAAGCAACAAUACAUCUUCACAAAAGGUCAUGGAAGAUAUAAUCAGAGAAUGUCUGGAGAUCACUGAGAGCUUGUCCUUAAAAUCCAUUACAUUUCCAGCUAUAGGAACAGGAAACUUGGGAUUUCCCAAAACCGUAUUUGCUGAAUUAAUCAUUUCAGAGGUGUUCAAAUUUAGUAGCAAGAAUCAACCAACAACUUUACAAGAGGUUCACUUUCUACUGCGCUGGAGUGAUGAUGAAAAUAUUCAGGCAUUUACAGAUGAAUUUGCCAAGAGAGGCAAUGGAAAUCUCACCGGUGAUAAAACUCCCAAGGCUGGCAAUACACAAGGUAUUUUUGGGACUGUUUCUAGCCCUAUUUCAGGAGUGCAUGAAAUGAUGAUUGGCCCCAUCGUCUACCAGGUGGCUACUGGGGAUAUCACCACAGAGGAUUCAGAUGUGAUCGUAAAUUCAACAUCAAACACAUUUAAUCUCAAAGCAGGUGUCUCCAAAGCAAUUUUAGAAACUGCUGGACAAAAUGUGGAACUAGAAUGUUCUCAACAAGUUCAACAGGGCAAACAUGAUUACAUAAUUACUGGAGGCGGAUCAUUGAAGUGCAAGAAUAUCAUUCAUGUUGGUGGUGGAAAUGAUGUCAAGAAAUCGGUUUCCUGUGUUUUGCAGGAAUGUGAAAAACGGAAUUAUUCAUCCAUUUCCCUCCCCGCCAUUGGGACAGGAAGUGCCAAACAAGACCCAGAUAAGGUUGCUGAAGCCAUACUGGAUGCCAUUGAAGACUUUAUCCAGAAAGGAGCAGCCCAGUCUGUGAAAAAAGUUAAAGUUGUUAUCUUUCAGCCUCAAAUGCUAAAUGCGUUUUAUGCCAGCAUGAAAAAAAGAGAAGGGUCUCAGGCUGCUCCUCAACAGUCUAUGUUCUCUAGACUUUCAUCCCUUUUGGGUUUUUCAAGGCAAUCUCCCAAAAAAAAGACUCCUUUGGUUUUGGAAGUGAAAACAGAAUCAGCAGUUUUUCAGGUGUGUGGUGAAAAUACAAACUGUGUGGAAAGCACUCUCCGCUGGAUACAGGACCUGAUUGAAAAGGAACAGUUGCCUUAUAUCAGUGAAGAUGAGUGCAUCAGAGACUUCGAUGAAAAGGAAUUUCAGAAACUGAAUGAGCUGCAGAAGAAGUUAGAUAUUACCAUUUCCCUGGACCACAAGAAACCUUUGAUUAAGGUCGUAGGGAUUUACAGAGAUGUGAUACAGGCUCGAGAUGAGAUUGAGAAAAUGAUCAAGAGAGUUCGACUGGACAAAGAACAGGAGUCCCGGGCAGAUUGUAUUAGUGAAUUUAUAGAAUGGCAAUAUAAUGACAAUGACACUUUUCAUCGUUUUGACAAAAUGACCAACCUGCAAUUGGAGGAUGCAAAGAGAGCAAAGAGACAAACAAUUGUCGUCACAAUUAAGAAUAAGAGCUGCACAGUGAACUUUGACACAUACACUGCCACAGAUGCAAGUGGAGACACUUUUUCAAUUCAGCGCCUGACAAAAUCUGAAGUUGAAAUCCCUGCACACUGGAGUGAUAUGAAGCAGAAGAACUUGUGUGUGGUAGAGCUACAACCUACCCAUCCAGAAUAUGUCAAUGUGGCAAGCAAGUUCAAUCAAACCUGCUCAAACUUCAAAAUAGAGAAGAUUGAGAGGAUCCAGAAUCCAGAUCUCUGGAAUAGCUACCAGGCAAAGAAAAAAGUCAUGGAUGCCAAGAAUGGCCAGACAAUAAAUGAGAAGCAACUCUUCCAUGGGACAGAGGCAACCUCAGUGCCACAAGUGAAUGGAAAUGGCUUUAACCGCAGCUAUGCUGGAAAGAAUGCUGUGGCAUAUGGAAAAGGAACCUAUUUUGCUGUCAAUGCCAGUUAUUCUGCCAAUGAUGCAUACUCCAGACCAGACGCAAAUGGGAAAAAGUAUAUGUAUUAUGUGCGAGUACUUACUGGAGUUUACACAGUUGGAAAUCACACACUAAUUGUGCCUCCUUCAAAGAACUCCCAAAAUCCAACUGAUCUGUAUGACACUGUCACAGACAAUACGCAAAAUCCAACUUUAUUUGUGGUAUUUUAUGACUACCAAGCUUACCCAGAGUACCUCAUUACUUUUAGACGAUAACAUUUGGGGAUCUUUCC